UGGAGAUAAGUUUGAUAAAAAUAUCCGGAGUAUCAAUAAUUUUAUAGUGUUGGAUAUGAAAACAGAUAUGGGAGGAAGACGGAAGGGUUUUAAAGCACGUGUUACACUUGUUAGACCUGAAGAUAUGUGUUAUACUGUGAGUGAUAGAGGCCAGACUUAUCGUGGUAAAGUGAAUUAUGACCGUGAUUUUAGAUCGUGUAUACCCUGGCGAAAAACAACUAAUUGUCCACAUCAUCAAUAUCAAUCAGAACAAACUGGCGCACCAUUAGAAGAUAAUUACUGUAGAAAUCCUGAUCAUACGUUCACACCUUGGUGUUAUAUACUAAACUCAGAAGGCGAAUGUGAACGAAAUUACUGUGAUGCUUGUGGACUGGAAGAUGCAUAUGAUAAAGUGAGGAAUUGUAAGAAACUGAAAGAAGAAGGUUUCUGUUCAAAACCGAAAGAAGAGGUUUUACCAAAAUGUGCGAAAACAUGUUCAGCUGCAGCAUCAAAGGAAAAAUCAAUAACUAUGGUAAAAUGUCCAGCACCGGAAAAAUUAGCAGAUUCAGAUCUUGUCGGCGAACUUAAAUCUUCAUAUUCUGUUGGUGACACAGUUAAAUAUCAGUGUAAAACCGGAAAUGAAACUCAUAUUAUAUCUUGUUUAUCUGACGGAAGUUGGUCACCUGGGAAAUAUGUCUGUGGAGCUUGUUCUACUGGCUGGCUAGCAUCGGGUGGAGUUUGUUUAAAAUACUUUUCACAACCCUUGACCUUUGUCAUGGCAACACAAUUCUGUCAACAAUAUGGCGGAUCUGUAGCAGAUGCCAAGACGAAAGAACAGAUGGAGUUUCUAGUCUCCAUAAGAACUAAAACUUUUACGAUGUGGAUCGGCUUGAAUGAUAUUAAAGAAGAGGGAAAAUUCGUCUGGUCAGACGAGACACCUUUAGUCUGGAACAAUUGGUCUAAAGGCUCACCUAACAAUAAUUAUAAUAUGGAAGAUUGUGUUAUAAUGUAUGGCGAACAACUUGAUAAUACAUGGAAUGAUCAUCCUUGUCGUUCAAAGUUCUACCAGUACUCCUUCACGUGUCAGAACAAACCUUCUAAACGAAUAUUAUGUGUUAAUCGCCGUGAAGACUGUAAGAAGUUAUUACAGGCCGAUCCUAAAAUGUGUGUCUCAAGACGAGAUUUCAGUAGUGAAAACUGUGCUGCCGACUGUGGUAUUUGUAAAACAAGCCAAGAAGUUAAAUCGUGUGAUGUAGUAGCUGCAACACCUAAUGUUAUAUUGGAGACGCAAGAAAAACAGAUACCAACAGGUCACGUGGUGAGAUAUAAAUGUCAAUCAGGAUUUGUUCAAGAUGGCGGCGACAAGGUUCGGUCAUGUAUGGUAGACAAGUCGCUGUCAGGCAAACCACUAGUUUGUAAAUCAUCAGAAAACGUGAUAGAGCCUAGCAACAAUGUACAACUUCAUCGAUUUACACGUAUUGGUAACCAAUGUCAAAUGUAUACCUCUAGCAACGAUAACUUCCGGAUUAAACGAUCAGGGGAGAUAAUGAAGUGGGAAUUCUAUUCUCUCUAUCCUGGUCAGGCGGCUUUAGUUGUGUUUAGACCAACAAAUGAUAAAUUUCAAUUCCAAGUUAUAGGUAUAAACCAACUGGUAAAGUCAUCCGAUGAUAGUUUACAAACACUUGCCAUACCCCCUAACGAGAGGAUUAAAGUUCAGCCAAAUGAUCAGAUUGGUAUCUGGUAUGCGUAUAAACGGGCUGGAAUUCCAUUUGUAUACUGUGACGGAACUGAGCACCCAGAGGCUGAUAAUACACUACAGUUGAAGGGUUACAUGUGUAACCCCAACCAUCUACAAGUUGACAAGGUUUACAGUUUUAACCAGAGAAGGGUCCUGUGUAGAAUAUUUUCACUUAGAGCACAAAUUGGACCUGCAAGUUAAUAUAAAAUAAUUAUCGCCUGUUAAUGUUAAUUUGUU